AUGGCCGUCGCUGGCGCCCAACGUAAGGGGGUGCUGAAGGUGUUGAUGCUCUCGCUGUUGUUAGAUUUGAUCUCCUUUACAUUCAUUCUGCCCCUCUUCCCUUCGCUGCUAUCGUUUUAUCACGCGCAAGAUCCAUCCCCCGAUUCCCUCCUCAACCGCAUCUUCCACUACCUAAACGCCUACAAAAAUUCCUUUGCGCGCCCCAUUGACUCGCGCUAUGACAUUGUACUCCUCGGUGGAGCCCUCGGCUCUUUGUUCUCCCUCCUUCAAGCCUUUGCUGCACCCGUCAUAGGCCGCCUAUCAGACCGUCAUGGCCGCCGUCGCACCCUGCUCAUCUCCAUGCUCGGCAACCUCUUGAGCGUCGCGCUGUGGGUGUCAGCUACGGACUUCCUCGUAUCGUUGGGGGGGAUGAGCGAGGCAAAUGUGCAAAUGGUCAACGCCAUAGUGGCGGAUAUCACAGACGAGGAGCACCGCGGCUCUGCUAUGGCAUUAGUCGGGGCCUGUUUCAGUGUCGCGUUCACUUUCGGGCCGGCGCUGGGUGUGGCGCUUAGCAGUAUCAAUAUGGUUGCCGAAAACCCGUUCAUCGUCGCUGCAAUUGUGUCUUUUGCUCUGAUAUUUAUUGAGACUGUGUAUCUUUGGGCCUGUUUGCCCGAGACGCAUCCCCGAUUGACGACGCUUCAGAUGGAGAGCAAAAGUACCUCCACCGAGAAUAAUGAUGCGUUGGGUAAGAAAACUGAAGAUAGGAGCAGUGCUCCCGCUAAGCGCACCCAUACAAACAAUCCGGCCCUUCUCAAUACCCUCCACUUCCUCUUCCUACUCCCAUUUUCCGGUCUGGAGUUCUCCCUUCCCUUCUUGACUACAACGCUCUACGCGGGAUCAGCCACAACAGUCAGCCCUGCUGCAUUGAACGGACGUCUCUUGUCCCUGAUGGGCUUAAUCGCCUCUCUCCUGCAGGGUACCCUGGUGCGCCGUCUCCCGCCGCUGGUCACCCUCCGUGCCGGUGUCGUGGCCUGUACCAUAUCAUUCUUUUGCCUUGCUCGCGUUUCUUCACCUUCAGCUCUCUAUGCCGCCGGUGCUUUGUUGGCGGUAACGACCGCUACGGUUGUUACGUCACUCAACAGCCUGGGCAGCUUCGAGGCACAGGAUGCGGAUCGCGGCGCGGUCAUGGGUGGUUUGCGGGGGUGGGGACAGGCUGGCAGGGCGACUGGUCCUAUUGUGUUCUGCUCUCUGUUUUGGUGGGCUGGCCGUGAGGCUGCUUAUACUGCUGGCGGGUUCGCCAUGUGUGUCGUCACAGUUGCAGCUUUCAGCUUGCUGAAGUCGCCUGCUGUGCAUAAAAAGACUGAAUAA